AUGUCCUCUCAAACAGAUAGUGUAACUUCUUAUGAUCUCGAUGAAGUUUCCUCGAAUCCAGCUAAGAACAACAAUAAAACACUAAUUAAUAAUAGUACUAUACAAAAUACAAUAAAACAAAUGAAGUUUAACAUUUCAAAUUAUUUAAUCACUAACCGAAAUGAAUCAAAUCAAAUUAGAUUAAAUGAUAAUAUGCAUAUAAAUGAUAUUACUAAUGAAUCAUCUUGUAAAUUAUCUAAUCAAAAUGAUUCGGAAUUUCUCAAUACCGGAUUUACUUUAAUUGGUUAUACAUUUCUACUUCAAAUUAUUUUACAUAUCAUGACAUUUUUAUUGAAUAGUCUUUCUUAUCGUUAUUUGGAUACAGCUAGUUUAGGCUUAGUCAAUGUUCGACUUGGUUUAUUUUAUUCAACAUUGAUAUUUACUUCAAGAGAAGCAUUUCGUCGUGCAUGUCUUAGUCGCGGUGGACAAGUAGUCAAUAGUAACGAUAAUAAUAAUAAUAAUAAUAAUAAUAAUAAUAAUAAUAAUAAUAAUAAUAAUAAUAGAAAAUCAACUGAAUCAUUAUCAAAUGCAAGUGUUACUACAAUAAUUGAUUCUACAAAUGAUGAUUUUGUUGAUGUUUCUCAGUUUAUUAAAAGUUGUAAGCAUGAAAUUAAUCAAGAUGGUCAUACUUCAAUUCAGUGUAGUUUACAAUAUAAAGAACAAUUGUAUGGAAUUUUAAAUCUUGCUUGGCUAGUACUUCCAAUUGGUUUCAUCAUUGUAAUACUAUUGAGUUUUGUGUGGAUUUACAUCUUACCAUCUCCAAGUAAUCUAAUUAAUGAGUCAAAUUCUGAAUUAAAUUUAACAUCGUCAAUUAUUGAACAACGUUACAUCCUCUGUAUCAUGAUAUACGCUUUAUCUGGUCUUUUUGAAUUAGCUACUGAACCACUAUGGCUUAUUUGUCAAUUAUCUCAUGAAGUUCGUGCAAGAAUUUUCAUUGAAGCUUUUGCUAAUACUGCUCGUUCAAUUGGAAUACUAUUUGCAAUAUUUACUGUACCAUCUCAGUAUGCCAUUUAUUCACUUAGUAUACCUCAACUUCUUCAUGGUUCAACAUUGUUCAUAAGUUACUUAUUGUAUUUUCAAUAUGGUAUACCACGUUCAACAUCAAAUAACGAAUUGAGACUUAAAGGAAUCACAGGAAUCGCUUCGUUAAAAGAUAUUUUACCAAGUUAUUUUCGGUAUUCUAUCGACCGACAAGGCCUACAACUCGUAAAGAAUUUUUUGGUCAGUGUAUACUGAAACAACUUUUAACUGAAGGUAUGCAAAUAUUUCGUACGUUUAAUAUGAAGUAAGAAGUGUUAACGUUGAUAUGAUUUGAAAUUCCUCAGACAGUUUCUUUCGAGGUGGCAACAUAUUUGUUACUUGGCUGUGGUACUACUCGGUUGCCCAAACUAAAGGAGGCAUUUUACUUGAAGGGACUACUCCUCGAUCCUCUUAUCUGGAGGUUUGAUUCACAAGACAUUAGAGUGACGUCAGAGGAUGCAAUCCCGUGGUAGCAGUGAUCAAAAUAUGUAUGUACCCCACUGGCUUAUAGUCAGGGUUUUUCAACUCCCCUACUUAUACUAUCCGUACCCACUAACUUGGUUUAAGCUCCUUACAUCCACUCUUCAUCUCCUCACUUUCAUCAAAAGCACCAAUUGCUACGUGAAGACAGUGAGUAGAGCAGAACCUCUGUGAUAGGAACUAUAAAUCCUCGUUCACAUGGGGUAUUUCGAGGUGGAAAAAUAACUCUUUCCACCCUCAUCUUGAAAGUCUGAUCAGCUCUAAUGGGUUGGUAUCGGACGAAAUCUCAGCACGG